AUGUCAGCAUCAAGUCUGGUUGUUUUGACAGUUUUAUCGAUAUUCGCCAUUGGAGAGGGAACUUGUCCUGGUGACAUGGAGUUAGUUUUAAACUCGUGUUACUCAUGGUAUCAUUCUCCUCUUAGUGCAGUAGAGGCAGAAGGAUACUGCCCUAAACAGACAGUACCAAGUACACUAGCAAUGUUUGCCUCUCAGCAAGAAGUCAGUCAGGUGUAUAACCACUUUUACAAUAAGUUUGUAACCCAAGCUGGACAGACGAUCACGGUGGCCAUUUGGGUUGCCAAUGCGUCUAUAGGAAUACCGUCUCUUGGUCUUGGUUGUACCAUCAUUGCCACAGGAGGCGUUCUGUUGGAUGAGCCAUGUAACAUACCACACGGUGUCCUGUGUGAAAUAGAGCUCGAUAUACCUUCAACAGAGCUCACUACAACUGAUCUAACGACAGAUUCACCUUCAACAGAGCUUGAUACAACUGAUCUAACGACAGAUUCACUUUCAACAGAGCAUGAUACAACUGAUCUAACGACAGAUUCACUUUCAACAGAGCUAGCUACAACUGAUCUAACGACACAUUUACCUUCAACAGGGCACGAUUCAACUGUUCCAACAAUAGAUUCACAAUCAACAGAGCUCGAUACAUCUGAUAUAACCACAUAUUUACCUUCAACAGUGCACGAUACAACAGAUCUAACGACAGAUUCACCUUCAACAGAGCUCGCUACAACUGAUCUAACGACACAUUUACCUUUAACAGAGCUCGCUACAACUGCUCUAACGACAGAUUUACCUUCAACAGAGCUCACUACAACUGAUCUAACGACAGAUUCACCUUCAACAGAGCUCGCUACAACUGAUCUAACGACAGAUUCACCUUCAACAGAGCUCGCUACAACUGAUCUAACGACAUAUUCACCUUCAACAGAGCUCGCUACAACUGAUCUAAAGACAGAUUCACCUUCAACAGAGCUCGCUACAACUGAUCUAACGACAGAUACACCUUCAACAGAGUUCGCUACAACUGAUCUAACGACAGAUUCACCUUCAACAGAGCUUGCUACAACUGAUCUAACGACAGAUUUACCUUCAACAGAGCUCGUUACAACUGAUCUAGCGACAGAUUCACCUUCAACAGAGCUCGCUACAACUGAUCUAACGACAGAUUCACCUUCAACAGAGCUCGCUACAACUGAUCUAACGACAGAUUCACCUUCAACAGAGCUCGCUACAACUGAUCUAACGACAGAUUUACCUUCAACAGAGCUCGCUACAACUGAUCUAACGACAGAUUCAUCUUCAACAGAGCUCGCUACAACUGAUCUAACGACAGAUUCACCUUCAACAGAGCUCGCUACAACUGAUCUAACGACAGAUUCACCUUCAACAGAGCUUGCUACAACUGAUCUAACGACAGAUUUACCUUCAACAGAGCUCGUUACAACUGAUCUAACGACAGAUUCACCUUCAACAGAGCUUGAUACAACUGAUCUAACGACAGAUUCACUUUCAACAGAGCAUGAUACAACUGAUCUAACGACAGAUUCACUUUCAACAGAGCUAGCUACAACUGAUCUAACGACAGAUUUACCUUCAUCAGAGCUUGUUACAACUGAUCUAACGACACAUUCACCUUCAACAGGGCACGAUUCAACUGUUCCAACAACAGAUUCACAAUCAACAGAGCUCGAUACAACUGCUCUAACGACAGAUUUACCUUCGACAGAGCUCACUACAACUGAUCUAACGACAGAUUCACCUUCAACAGAGCUCGCUACAACUGAUCUAACGACAGAUUCACCUUCAACAGAGCUCGCUACAACUGAUCUAACGACAGAUUCACCUUCAACAGAGCUCGCUACAACUGAUCUAACGACAGAUUCACCUUCAACAGAGCUCGCUACAACUGAUCUAACGACAGAUACACCUUCAACAGAGUUCGCUACAACUGAUCUAACGACAGAUUCACCUUCAACAGAGUUCGCUACAACUGAUCUAACGACAGAUUUACCUUCAACAGAGCUCACUACAACUGAUCUAACGACAGAUUCACCUUCAACAGAGCUCGCUACAACUGAUCUAACGACAGAUUUACCUUCAACAGAGCUCGCUACAACUGAUCUAACGACAGAUUCACCUUCAACAGAACAUGCUACAACUGAUCUAACGACAGAUUCACCUUCAACAGAGCUCGCUACAACUGAUCUAACGACAGAUUCACCUUCAACAGAGCUCGCUACAACUGAUCUAACGACAGAUUCACCUUCAACAGAGCUUGCUACAACUGAUCUAACGACAGAUUUACCUUCAACAGAGCUUGUUACAACUGAUCUAACGACAGAUUCAUCUUCAACAGAACAUGCUACAACUGAUCUAACGACAGAUUCCCCUUCAACAGAGCUUGGUACAACUGAUAUAACUACAGCUUCACCUUCAACAGAGCUCGCUACAACUGAUCUAACGACAGAUUCACCUUCAACAGAGCUUGCUUCAACUGAUCUAACGACAGAUUUACCCACUGAUAUAACUACAGCUUCACCUUCAACAGAGCUCGCUACAACUGAUCUAACGACAGAUUCACCUUCAACAGAGCUCGCUACAACUGAUCUAACGACAGAUUCACCUUCAACAGAGCUUGCUACAACUGAUCUAACGACAGAUUCACCUUCAACAGAGCUCGCUACAACUGAUCUAACGACAGAUUCACCUUCAACAGAGCUCGCUACAACUGAUCUAACGACAGAUUUACCUUCAACAGAGCUUGCUACAACUGAUCUAACGACAGAUUCUCCUUCAACAGAGCUCGUUACAACUGAUCUAACGACAAAUUCACCUUCAACAGAGCCCGCUACAACAGAUCUAACGACAGAUUCAUCUUCAACAGAACAUGCUACAACUGAUAUAACUACAGCUUCAUCUUCAACAGAGCUCGCUACAACUGAUCUGACGACAGAUUCACCUUCAACAGAGCUCGUUACAACUGAUCUAACGACAGAUUCACCUUCAACAGAGCUUGCUUCUACCGAUCUUUUGACAGAUUCACCUUCAACAGAGCUCGCUACUACCGAUUUACUGACUGGUUCACUUUCAACGGAGCUCACUACAACAGUUACUUAUCUAAAGACAGAUUCACCUUCAACAGAGCUCGGUACAACUGAUCAAACGACAGAUUCACCUUUAACAGAGCUCGCUACAACAGAUCUAACGACAGAUUCACCUUCAACAGAGCCCGUUACAACUGAUCUAAAGACAUUUCCCCCUUCAACAGUGCUUACUAUAACUGAUUUAAAGACAGCUUUACCUUCAACCAUGUCAACAGAGCUUGAUAUAACUGAUGUGCAAUCGUCUGCAGAAAGCACAACAUCUACUCCAGAUGUUUCAACAUCCCUUACAACUAUCAAUUUUUCAACAACCUAUGUUACGACUGCUCUCACGUCAGAAUCAUCUGCAACUGAAUUACGUACCUCACAUACACAAAAUCUAGGGACGACUGAUGUCACAUCACCGACUGAAAUCACAACAGUUGGUCCGGUCACAACUAUGACAAAAGAAAACAUCAACCAAAGCGACAUGGUCCAUACUUCCAAAUCAAUAACAGGAAAGUCAUAUGUGUUACUUGAUGUUAAUUAUUCUGUUUCAUCAAUCGAUGUUCUUUCUACUCAUGAAAUGAUUCAGACACGAAUCCGAUGUGCAGCAAAGUGCAGUGGAUUAUCCGAGUGUUAUGCUUUCACCUACUUCCAAAUAACUCAAGAAUGUUUGGUCGGAAGAAACGUGAGUUAUCAGAGCCUGCAUGGAACCAGUGGUAUUACGUACAGAAAAAUAGACCUGUAG